CUGAUACUGACUGAGGAAGGAGAAGGUGAGAGCGGAGAAGGAGGGAAGAGGUGUCAUCCCUUCCAGCCGCAUCAUGAUGGGCAAGAAGAGCAAGUGAAGCUUAUCCCCGAGACGCGUACGAGUCGAUCAUGCUGAGGAGCUUCGCCCGGCUGGCUAAGGGGCUCACUCGCUGGGCGGGCCCCAGAUGUGUUCCUCCAGGAGCAGCAUCUCGAGGAGUCUUGCCUUCUUCCCAAAUACCGUUGUGGAAAGCCGCAGCACUAUUCCAUGAGUCUGAGCAGGCAAAGGACUAUUCCAUCCCCAAUGCCAGCUGGAGUCCAGAGAUGGUGAAUCAAUUCAACAGGUUCAUGGCGAUGGCAAAAGACGGAACGUGGAAAAAGCUGCCUUCUUAUAGGAAUGUUGUAGAACAUGUUCCAGUAAGGAUGAGGCAAGGGAACGAGCUAAAGGAAAGAACCAGCCGUCUCUUCCUCAGGAACCUCGACGAGGAAGGCAUGGGCUUCGAAUAUGCGAUGUUUCUCAACCCGUCGGAGAAAAGGAUGGUGUCCAUGUUCCAGCUUGGUCCCUACCUCGAGGGGCCUCCAGGGUUUGCACACGGCGGCUCCAUCGCCACCAUCCUCGACACCGUCCUUGGGACAUGUGCCAUCUUCGUUGCUGGCAGGGUGUUGACCGCAAACCUCAACAUAAACUACAGGAGUCCUAUCCCGCUGGGCUCCGUAGUCUUGGUGGAGAGCAAGCUGGACCGGAUAGAGGGCCGGAAGGUGUUUGUGACUGGGCAUGUGCAGAGUGUCGAUGGGCAGACGGUUCACGCAGAGGGCACAGCUCUCUUUAUCCAGUUCCAGUUAAAGGACUCCAUCCAGCAGCAAGCCUCUUCCAAGUAGCCACCCAGAGGAAGUCCAGUCCUUUCCCCUGAAAGCUGGUCAUCUUGAACAGGUCCAGUCCAAUGCCCAGCCUUAAGCACUUGAGCUUAGGGAAACCGACCUCCGCAAAAGCGUUGUGGCUCCCUCCUGAACCAAGUCUGCACACUUUGGCAAGCGUGCAUUUCCUCUUUGCACGUUUGACUGCAAAGCGUGUCCUGUCUUCUUGGCCAGUAUCUCCUCAAUGUAGCCCUAGGGCUGUUCCUGUUACACAGAGCUCUCAGAGCUGAACCAUGGCAGCUCUUUCAGAGGCCGUUCUCCACGAUGCAGUAUUGAACUUUGAAGCAGUGUUUCCCGGCCUUUGCCAAGCUAUGCUAGCCUGCUAUCAACAAGGGGUUUCCACUUCCUCCCCUGUUCACCUGUCUGCCUUCGAUUGCCAACAACCCUCCUCAACUUGUCCAGAAAACACACCACCUCUUUCAGGAAGGAACCUUGCCUCUUUACCUUUUGGGGAAAUGCUACAAUCCUGGAAACUGGUUCCUGGGAAAUCUGGAUCUUUUCUGCAUACAAGGCGGUUGGUUCUUCUGGAGAAAAUGAUUUCAGCCAAACAGUGUUGUCGUUGCAGCUUAACCAGACUCUUGCCUCUUCCAGGGCACAUAGGAAGGUGGAGUUUUUUGUAUAUAGGGCAAGUUUAUCUAUAUAUAUAAUAAGCAGAGUAAUAUAUAAUAAGCAGAGUAAUAUAUUUGUGGGGGGGGGUGUAUGUGCUGAUGUAUGUAACUCAUAGCACCAUGGAAAAUACUUUCUGUAAAACAACUUAUCCAGCAAGCUCAGGCCAACCUCUCACUAUGCUUCCCAUAGCAGACCUUGCCCUUUUUCAAACACCCACUCAUCAGCUCCACUCAUACCCAUGUGCUGUUCUGGUCACUUAUCAGGUGGUCUAACUAUUGGUGGGAAAACCUGGCCAGAUAUGUCCCAUUUUUGAACCGGAGUAAACAGGGGUGUUUUCUGGAGUCCAGGCAUGUAGGGUGGUAUCCCAGCAUUAGCCCUACCCAAGGUAGGCCCAUUGAACUCAAUGGACGCGGCCAACGCAGGUCUAUUAAUUUCAAUGGUCCCGCUGUGAGUAAAGCUUGGUUGAGUGCAAUCCAUGCCUACCUUUACAUCAGAGGUGUUAGUGCCCUACAAGAAGAGGAGCAUUGCCUGCUGUUCUCUCCCUCUCUCUCAUACACACAGGGAUAGAUCAUCUUAGCUGGUGGAAAGCAAACACUCUUCAUACAAAUCAAGGCCAGGUACAAAUCAUAAAAAUCUGUAGUGACAACACACGCAUCUUUCAUAAUAGCAUUUUACUGGAAAUUGCUGGGUUGUAUAUGCCUUGUCUGUUUUCAUGUAGUACCGUGUUUUCCUAAAGGGGCAUAUUCUCUUCCCCUUACCUUUUAGUCCCACGAAUACUCAAACUGAGCUGAUGGCUUCCAGAAAUCACAGGAGGUGUGCACUGUGCACUUUUUAUGUGUCUGGGCUGAGCGUCACACAUACAAACCCUCAGCCAGUCUUCAGCUGGUGAACACAUGUUCAGAGCGUCCUUUUGAGCCUGUUGAUACAAACAAAAAGUGCCUAUAAAGCUUCCAUGUAAGCCGAUAUUUCAUAUUGAAGCUUCUUCCUCUAAGUUUUUGAGGGGUGCAGCCAAGGGAGCUCUUCUACUGGCUUUCUAAUAAGGCAGGUGUGGGGAGCCUGUGGCCCUCCAGUUAUUGCUGAACUCCCACCAUCCCUAGCUAUUGGCUAUAUUUGCUGGGACUGAUGGAAGUUGUGGUUCAGCAACAUCUGUAGGACCAAAGGUUCCCCACUCCUGAUAUAAAGGAGACCUGUGCUUCCUCUCCCAAUCCCUCCCUCCCUAUAAACCUUAAGAGCUCGUGCAGAUCAAAUAUAUUUAAGCUCCCGCUAGGGUGUUUGAUGGGGCCUAGUCCAGGCAUUCCCAAACUUCGGCCCUCCAGAUGUUUUGGACUACAAUUCCCAUCAUCCCUGACCACUGGUCCUGUUAGCUAGGGAUCAUGGGAGUUGUAGGCCAAAACAUCUGGAGGGCCGCAGUUUGGGGAUGUCUGGCCUAGUCCUUCCAUAGCAUUCUAGCAGUGGUGGAAAUGCAUGAGUGUUUUUUACCAUUUAAGUAUGCAGUGAGGCGUCAUUGCACUUCACCUCCCAUCACCCCUAUGCAUGAUGGGAGUUGGAGUCCACCGCCAUCUGGAUGGCCUCAUGUUGGCUGACCCUGACUCACAAGACGUUCUUUGAAAGGAAUUUGCACCACAUGGGGAGAGGGGCUCUUGAGAUCCUUCUCUGUCCUUGGAAGCGCACUCUUGUCUCUCCCCUCCUGCCCACAGCCAACCACGUAGGAAAAUGGUGGUGUAGCAAAUGCUAUUGCUAAUCAGAGUAAACCCAUUGUAGUCAAUAGAUGUGCCAAAUUUAGGGUCACCCUCAGUGGGUCUGCUCUGAAAAGAACUUAGUUGGAUGCAACUGUAGGUUGGAGCAGAGAAAGAAACAUUCAGUGGUUUUUAGUGAGUGACAUUGGGGAGCAUUUAAAUGGCUACAAAACAUGGAAGGUUGCUUCCUCCUCACACAGUCUUAGGUGUAUGCCAGGUUGGACUAGGGACCCCAUCUGCAUGUGUUGUAUUUUUGUGUUGUGGAGCACCAUCCAAAGGCUUCAAGCUGGGACACAGAUCUCUGGUGUGUGACCACAGCAUUUGUGAUAGGGAGUGUUGCCUAUAUACCCACCACCUGAAAAAUGCUUCUGCAGCAACAUUGUAGGAGCCUUGGGUCGUGUAAUUUUCCCAGGGAACCCAACUUGCCAUAAUGAGGGUAUUGGGGAUCAUGGGAAAAUUCAUUUCCCUGGUACCUUUUGAAUGGAAUUCUAUACAUCGUUGGACUGGGGACAGAAACCUCACUCCCAACCAGUAGUGGCAGAGCAGCCAGGCAGAAGAUUUGAGAGCUCAACCCUGGAUUAUGGGGGAGAGAUUAGACUUCUUUGUUCUGCUGCUGGUGUCACUUGGGCUUGUCAGGGAAUGAAUUUGGUUCAUAGCUGAGGUUGGCAAAAACUAUUCUACUUCGUUUGGAAGCUGCACGGUCUGUCAAGCUCAAUUAAAAAUAAAAGGGGGGCAGAUUCAUCCAUAACUACUUGGCUAUCUGUUAACUCUUGUGGCACUUUGCUGAGUAUUCUGGAAAACAAUGUUUGCCAAAAUAA